UUAGCUGAAGCUAAUCAGUGCGCAGCUAUUCUGAACAUUAGUGCAUCGGCUUGUCAACAGUAAGCUAGUCAGCGUGAAUCUUGGCCAAAAUGAUUUCCACCGAGCCAGUGUCGUUGCUAAAGGCUCCGCUAGAAGGGUGUCGGGUCAUUUUUGAGAGACGCCUGUUAGUUAGUUAGCUGAAUAAAUAAGCUCCGUGUCGUCUUCAGGUGGAUCUCAAACCGCCUUUGGCGUGAGAAGAAAAUGACCCAGCUCAGCGUCCGUCAUUGGACGCCUAAAUACGUUGCCAGGUGGCUAAAAGAGGAAGGCUUCUGCGACUAUGUCGACCUGCUGUGCAACAAGCAUCGACUGGAUGGCACCAGUCUGCUUGCCCUCAGUGAAUACGACCUCCGCUCACCUCCUCUGGAGCUCAAGGUGCUGGGCGACAUCAAGAGGCUGAUGAUGUCGAUCCGCAAGUUGCAGAAGCAGAACAUUGAUCUGCUGGAGGAGCUGGGCGUCCCUUUCGGUGGCCUCUCUCCGUCGAGCUCCGGAAGCAACUUGGAAUGGCUGUGUAAUGGAGACCCCGGCAGAGACUGUGACAGCACCAACACCGCUCCGGUGGGGGAGGAGUACCAGCAGUACACCAAUGGGAAGUACAAGCAGCAGAUGAGGCGCCUGGAUCCUGAGUACUGGAAGACAGUUCUUAGCUCUGUUUAUGUGGUGUUUGUGUUCGGGUUCACAUCCUUUGUCAUGGUCAUAGUCCACGAAAGGGUCCCCGACAUGCGCACUUACCCCCCACUGCCUGACAUUUUCCUCGACAGCGUGCCAAGGAUACCAUGGGCCUUUGCUAUGGCCGAGGCGUGUGGAGUGAUUCUCUGUAACAUCUGGCUGCUCGUUCUUCUGCUGCAUAAACACAGGUCCAUCCUUUUGCGACGCAUGUGCAGCCUGAUGGGGACAGUUUUCAUGCUGCGAUGCAUCACCAUGUUUGUCACCUCCCUGUCCGUCCCAGGGCAGCAUUUGCAAUGCACCGGCAAGAUGUAUGGUGACAUGUGGGCCAAGCUGCAGCGGGCUGUGGCCAUUUGGAGUGGUUUUGGGAUGACCCUGACCGGGGUGCACACAUGUGGGGACUACAUGUUCAGCGGCCACACAGUUGUCCUCACAAUGCUUAACUUCUUUGUCACAGAGUACACUCCACGAAGCUGGAACUUCAUUCACACCUUGUCUUGGGUCCUCAACCUCUUUGGGAUCUUCUUCAUCUUGGCGGCCCACGAACACUACUCCAUUGACGUGUUCAUAGCCUUCUACAUCACUACCAGACUCUUCCUGUACUACCACACUCUGGCAAAUACUCGGGCGUACCAGCAGAGUCGGCGAGCCCGCAUCUGGUUUCCCAUGUUCUCCUUCUUCGAGUGCAACGUCAAUGGACCCGUCCCCAACGAGUACUGCUGGCCCUUCUCCUGUCCUGCCGUGAUGAAGUGGCUGAUUGGAUAACAAGCUGUGCCAUCGCCUGCUUUUUUGUCUUGUUUUGUGAAGUUACCAACUAAGGAGGCGUGCGACAUCCUCGACAAAGACACCCGAUGUGAAGCUCAGAGCCAAACAUGUUGUUGUUUUGGAGCUCACCUCUGACCUGCUUCGUCAAAUUAACAGUUUUUAGGCAGAUUGGACGAAAUCUACAACAAACUCAAUCGUUUGGUGUUUAAUUAAACAUAGUGGAUAUACAGCACACUAAAUGUUUUUUUUUUUUUUCUCCAAGAGGAAUAUCAUUUCAUGUAGCAUGGAUUGCAUUUUAUGUAGCUCCCUAUAGAAAUCAUCGUUAGGAAGGUCUUUAGACAUUGAUUUCAUUAGUGCCCUCUGCAUUUUCUAAAAUCAUAAUUUUUUUCACUAAUGUUAACAUAGCCUAAUUUCCUAGAAAGUAUUACCUUCUAGAAAAUGUAAUAAUCAGCCAAAUACAUGAAAAGAAACAAUUUUUGUUUUCUUUAAAAUAUGUCUUAAAUAUUCCUUGCCAAUUAAGAGAUUUCACUCUAGAAAUAAUUCCAUAUUUGCUGUUGCAUAUCGGUGUAAUUUUAGGUGAAAGAAAUCUCCAUGCACUAUAAAUUACAAGACUAAGACCAAUUUCUGUGCUUUCUGCAAUAUUAUUCCUUUGACUUUAAUCAGAACCUAAAAAGAAAUUUUAAUGUAUUUGUUUAUAUUUAUAUUUUAAAUGUCAAUAGAUAUUUUUAUACUUCCCCUAUACAUAGUUGCAGAAACAUGUACAUGGAGAGAUAUGUUUACAGUUGCUUUGAACAGUGUGUUAAGUGUAGACUUCAAGUUGUGCUGUUUCAUUGAAAGUUGCCAUUGUAAUUGCAGCUUGUUAGAAACGUGAUGGAUCGAACAAUCCAAAAUAUUCUUUCAUUCAGAAAGGUUGAUGUGUUCAGCGCCUCAUUGCUUUUUUUUUUGGUAAUUUCUUUCAUUAAAGAACUGGAAAAACUAAAA